UACAAACGCACACAUACAUUUUAGUCUAACGGGUGGAUACAUAGAAGGUAGUCUCGCUAAGGCCAAACAAACACACGGACUUCAAUUCUCAUCGUUCGCAAAAACAUACAAAAACGAUUUCAAUUUCUAGUGUUUGCAUAAUAAUCCAAAAGCGACACAGUCCCCACACGAACCCGACGCACUCUCUCCUAGUUCCAAGAUGUUGCGAUUGAUGCGAAAUGCAACUGGCGGAUCCGCUGUUAAAAGCUGUGUGCGAUGUCUUGGCAGCGUCGUUCCGGAUCCAAAUCUUAAAGACUUUGAUGUUGUCAAUGAGCCCAUUUUGACCUAUCGCAAGAAUUCCGAGGAACGUAAAGCUCUGCAAAAGGCAUUGAAGGCGACCGCUUCAAAAUGUGAGGAGGUACCCAUUGUCAUUGGUGGCAAGGAGUACAAAACGGAUCAGGUUAUGCAUCAGGUGAUGCCACACGAUCAUCAACACAAGCUGGCCAAGUUCUACUACGCUGAUAAGAAACUCCUGGAGAAGGCCAUCAAAACGGCCGUGGAGGCUCAACCGAAAUGGGAUCGUGUGCCGUUCUCUGAGCGCUUGAAGAUGUGGGAGUGUGCCGCUGAUUUAAUGGCGGGCAAAUAUCGUCAGGAAUUAAAUUCCGCUACCAUGUUGGGACAGGCCAAGACUGCCAUUCAAGCAGAAAUCGAUUCGGCCGCUGAGUUAAUUGAUUUUCUACGUAUACACGCCUACUUUCUCAAGGAAUGCGUCAAGUACCAGCCCAUCAGCGAGGACAUAAAGGUCACAAAGAAUUCAAUGCGUUAUCGUGGCUUUGAUGGUUUUAUCGCCGCUGUCAGUCCAUUUAACUUUACAGCCAUUGGUGGCAAUUUGGCCUACACGCCCGCCAUGAUGGGUAACGCCGUGCUGUGGAAACCCUCGGACACAGCGUUGCUUUCCAACUGGCGCAUUUUCAACAUUAUGCGAGAGGCUGGCGUUCCCGAUGGCGUCGUUAACUUUGUACCAGCAGAUGGGCCAGUGUUUGGUGAUACAAUAACUGCCUCGCCACACCUCGCGGCUAUCAAUUUCACCGGCUCGGUUCCGACAUUCAGUCGAUUGUGGAAGCAGGUUGGCAACAAUAUCGAGAAAUACAAUAAUUUUCCGCGCCUUAUUGGCGAAUGCGGUGGAAAGAAUUUCCACUUUGUUCACUCCUCAGCGGAUGUGCAGUCAGUUGUUACCUCCACAAUACGUUCCUCCUUUGAGUACAGCGGACAAAAGUGUUCUGCCUGUUCUCGUAUGUAUGUUCCAGAGUCCCUAUGGCCAAAGAUUAAAGAGGGGCUGAUUUCUGAGGUGCAAAAACUGAAGAUUGGCGAUGUACAGGAUAUGAGCACCUUCACAUCGGCUGUUAUCGAUGACAAAGCAUUUAAGCGCAUUACCGGCUACAUUGAACAUGCCAAAAAUAGUUCGAAUCUGGAGAUCAUUGCUGGCGGUACCUACUCUGACAGCAAGGGCUACUUCAUCAAUCCAACCAUUGUACAAUCUAAAGAUCCAUUAGAUCGCAUUAUGACUGAGGAGAUCUUUGGACCCUUGUUGACAAUAUAUGUAUACAAAGAGGCCGAUUUGUCGGAGACCAUGAAACUGGUCAAUUCAUCAACGCAAUUCGCCCUUACCGGUGCUGUGUUUGGACAGGAUGAAGAAUUCAUUAACUGCGCUAUGGAGGAAUUUAAAAUGGCUGCGGGCAACUUUUAUAUUAAUGACAAAUCCACAGGCUCGGUGGUGGGCCAACAGCCAUUCGGAGGUGGUCGCAAGUCCGGCACCAAUGACAAGGCAGGAGGUCCACAUUAUAUACUCCGCUGGACAUCUCCGCAGUCCAUCAAGGAAACAUUUGUGCCAUUGCGUGACGUCAACUAUCCGUAUAUGAGCGAGUAGAGGGGAAUAUCGGAGAAACUAUGAAAAAAGAACGACAGGAAUCUCAUAUAAACUACUCAAGCUACAAAAGAAA